AUGGGAGUGGAUGAGCGGAUGGCGGCCUGUGGGCUUCUUUCAUUGGCCACUAAUGUCUCCAGCCCAGUACAUUCAAGCAAGACAGCACUGUCGAGAUACAACGGGAUUUCUAAGGGGCUGCCAAGCUCGAACAAGAUCAGCAAUGCAAUGCCAGCUAAGAGCUCUGCCCAAGAGCUUCCGGCUUUGAAGAAACUGAUCAGAGCACAAUUGCCGCCAGCUGGUAAUCCUGCUCUUAACAACAAUACUACAAUACACAAUAAUAAUGCAAAUAACAACAACAGCCUUCCACCCAGCCCAACUGUCCCCAAGUAUGAUCCUCAUGGAAGACUUCUCCCACUCACACCUCAUGAGGCUGUGAAGUACUAUGGAAGUCGGUUGAGUGAAUAUGAGAGAAAUGAAAUACAAGACUAUGAUGAAAUAUGGUACCUUGGUCUAGAUGCCUGUAAAAUUCAUGGAAAUGAAAGUCUUUUACAAAAUUGUGGGUUUGAUGAUGAUAAUGGCAGCUAUUAUAAGAUCUUGCACGAUCACAUUUGUUACCGCUACGAAAUCCUUGAAGUUAUUGGCAAGGGGAGUUUUGGGCAAGUGAUCAGGGCCCUUGAUCACAAAACCAACCAACAUGUAGCCAUCAAAAUUAUUAGAAAUAAGAAAAGAUUCCACCAUCAAGCCCUCAUAGAGGUGAGGAUACUUGAUCAUUUGAGGAAGAAGGAUCAGGAUACCAGUCAUAAUGUCGUUCAUAUGUUAGACUACUUUUACUUUAGGAAUCACUUAUGCAUUGCAUUUGAAUUAAUGAACUUAAACCUCUAUGAACUGAUUAAGAAGAACAACUAUCAGGGUUUCAGUUUAGUUCUUAUAAGAAAGUUUGCACAGUCACUCGUACAUUGUCUUCGACUUCUUGCAAGAGAAAACAUAAUUCAUUGUGAUCUCAAACCGGAAAAUAUAUUGUUAAAAGAAAGAGGCAGUACUUCCAUCAAAGUGAUUGACUUUGGCAGCUCGUGUUAUGCUGAUCAGCGAGUUUAUACUUAUAUUCAAUCCCGGUUUUAUCGUAGUCCAGAAGUUCUCUUAGGACUCCCAUAUGGUACACCAAUAGAUAUGUGGAGCCUUGGUUGUAUUUUGGCUGAGCUGUAUACUGGCUACCCUCUUUUCCCUGGAGAAAAUGAAGCGGAACAGCUGGCUUGUAUUAUGGAAGUACUUGGUCUACCACCAGAAGAGAUAAUUCUCAAAGCAUCUCGAAAGAGGCUCUUUUUUGAUUCCCGAGGUUACCCUAGAAGCCUUACCAACAGUAAAGGCCGAAAAAGAAAACCUGGAUCAAGGGAUCUUGCAUCUGCCAUUCGAUCUAACGACAAACUAUUUGUUGACUUUAUAUCUCAGUGUCUUUGUUGGGAUUCCCGUAAGAGGAUGAGUCCAGAAAAAGCACUUAGACACGACUGGCUGAGAGGACGAGAGGUGAGGAGAAGCGCAAGCGCCGCUGCUAGGCCUCACCAGCAACCUUCCGUGGAGGUUUACUUGCCCCCGAUACUUUGA